ACUUUGUGGCACCCGCGGAGACAUGGAUCUAAUCCCCGGCGUCUGGCUCCUGCUCCUGGCUUCCAGCCUGCAGCCCUGCGCGGCGGCGCUCAGAGCCUCCCUCCGGAAAGCAGGCAAGGUGGGGCCUCCCGUUGACAUCAAGCUGAGCGCAUUGAACUGCACAGCUUUCAGCAUCCAGUGGACAAUGCCAAGGCAUCCUGUGAGUCCCAUCAUUGGGUACACGGUCUUUUACUCUGAAGUUGAUGCAGAUAAAUAUCUCCGGGAGCAGUCCCAGAGUGCACCUCUCAGCCAGGACACAACAGUCACUGAAGAAGUGAUUGGAGAUUUGAAGCCAGGCACUGAAUAUCAAGUGAGCAUAGCAGCUUACAGCCAGACUGGCAAAGGGCGGCUUAGCUCUCCUCGGCAUGUUUCCACUUUGUCCCAAGAUUCCUGCCAGCCCCCUGCAGCACCCCAACAACCUCAUGUCCUGGUGGUCUCUGAUUCUGAGGUGGCUCUGUCUUGGAAACCUGGAGAGAGUGAAGGCAGCUCCUCUAUGCAGUAUUACUCUGUGGAAUUCAUCAGACCAGAUUUGGACAAGAGUUGGACCAUAAUCCAGGAGCAGAUCCAAAUGGACUCCAUGGUUAUCAAAGGCCUUGCUGCGGAUACCAACUACCAGUUUGCUGUGAGGGCUGUGAACGCUUACGGCUCCAGCCCUCCAAGCUGGCCCAGCAAUACCGUCAGAACCCUUGGUCGCAAAGAGGCAGGAAGUGGCCACUAUGGACCUCAUUAUAUCACUGACAUGGAAACCAGUGAAGAUGAUGAUGGAUUUGAAGAUGACCUAGAUUUGGAUAUUUCCUUUGAGGAGGUCAAACCACUUCCCGCCACCAAAGGAGGGAAUAAGAAAUUCUUGGUGGAAACCACGAUGACAUCACUAUCUAACCCAAAGACCUUUUCCCAGCUCGCUCCACCCACCUCGGCCUCCCUCCCAGCCACGGUGACAGUGGCUGUCCAGCCUACUCCUGCGGAGCGGAAGGGGAAGACCAGUGUGGCAAUGAUGUCCAGGCUCUUUGACAUGUCUUGUGAUGAAACGCUGUGCUCUGCCGACAGCUUCUGUGCUAAUGACUACACCUGGGGUGGCUCUCGGUGCCAUUGCAACCUGGGCAAAGGUGGCGAGGGCUGCUCUGAAGAUAUUGUUAUACAGUAUCCUCAAUUUUUUGGCCAUUCCUAUGUAAGCUUUGAGCCGUUGAAGAACUCCUAUCAGGCAUUUCAAAUUACUCUGGAAUUCAGGGCAGAGGCAGAGGAUGGCUUGCUGCUUUACUGUGGAGAGAAUGAGCACGGGAGGGGGGAUUUCAUGUCCUUGGCAAUCAUCCGACGUACCCUCCAGUUCAGGUUUAAUUGUGGAACUGGAGUUGCCAUCAUCCUAAGCGAGAGCAAAAUCAAACUGGGAGCAUGGCAUACCGUCACACUCUACAGAGAUGGCCUGAAUGGACUGCUGCAGCUGAACAAUGGCACUCCCUCCACAGGCCAGUCCCAGGGCCAAUACAGUAAAAUUACCUUCCGGACACCUCUCUACCUUGGUGGGGCUCCCAGUGCUUACUGGCUGGUGAGAGCAACAGGAACAAACCGUGGCUUUCAAGGCUGUGUGCAGUCACUUGCUGUUAAUGGGAAGAGGAUUGACAUGAGGCCCUGGCCACAGGGCAAAGCCCUCAGUGGGGCUGAUGUGGGAGAAUGCAGCAGUGGAAUCUGUGAUGAGGCCGCCUGCAUCAAUGGUGGCACCUGUGCCGCUAUCAAAGCCGACUCCUACAUUUGUCUCUGUCCUCUGGGGUUCAAAGGUCGACACUGUGAAGCCGCCUUCACCUUGACCAUGCCUCACUUCAGAGAGUCUCUGCGAUCCUAUGCUGCCACACCCUGGCCCCUGGAGCCCCAGCAUUACCUUUCCUUCACGGAGUUUGAGAUCACGUUUCGGCCAGACUCGGGGGAUGGUGUCCUCUUGUACAGCUAUGACACGAGCAGUAAGGACUUCCUGUCCAUCAACUUGGUGGGGGGCCACGUGGAGUUCCGCUUUGACUGUGGCUCUGGGACUGGUGUUCUCAGGAGUGAAAAUCCCCUCAGCCUAGACCAAUGGCAUGAACUGCGGGUAUCUCGAACAGCAAAGAAUGGUAUCUUACAAGUGGAUAAGCAAAAAGCAGUAGAAGGAAUGGCAGAGGGUGGCUUUACCCAGAUUAAGUGCAACACAGAUAUUUUUAUUGGCGGUGUCCCCAACUACGAUGAUGUGAAGAAGAACUCAGGCAUCUUCAAGCCAUUUAGUGGCAGCAUCCAGAAGAUCAUCCUGAACGACAGGACCAUCCACGUGAGGCAUGACUUCACCUCAGGAGUAAACGUGGAGAACGCGGCUCACCCCUGUGUGAGAGCUCCCUGUGCCCAUGGGGGCAGCUGCCGGCCCAGAAAGGAGAGCUACGAAUGUGACUGCCCUUUGGGCUUUGAGGGCCUACACUGCCAGAAAGCCAUCACUGAAGCCAUCGAGAUCCCGCAGUUCAUUGGUCGCAGUUACCUGACGUAUGACAAUGCAGAUAUCCUCAAGAGGGUGUCAGGCUCCAGAUCAAAUGUGUUCAUGAGGUUUAAGACAACUGCUAAGGAUGGCCUGUUGAUGUGGAGAGGAGACAGCCCCAUGAGACCCAACAGUGACUUCAUUUCUUUGGGCCUUCGAGAUGGAGCCUUGGUUUUCAGCUACAACCUGGGCAGUGGUGUGGCAUCCAUCAUGGUGAAUGGCUCCUUCAAUGAUGGCCGGUGGCACCGAGUCAAAGCGGUCAGAGAUGGCCAAUCAGGGAAGAUCACAGUGGAUGACUAUGGAGCCAGAACGGGGAAGUCACCGGGCAUGAUGAGACAGCUGAAUAUCAAUGGGCCUCUGUAUGUGGGUGGCAUGAAGGAAAUUGCUCUGCACACCAACAGGCAGUACAUGCGAGGCCUUGUGGGCUGCAUCUCUCAUUUCACCCUGUCCACCGAUUACCACAUUUCCCUCGUGGAAGAUGCUGCAGAUGGAAAAAACAUCAACACCUGUGGCGCCAAGUAACAGCAGUUGUCCUUGCACAAGGAACAGAGCCUCUCAGCAUCACGGGGCCCUGAGACACAGCCUGACGCCUCACACAGAGGCCUGGAGACCAGAUGUGUUUCCUCUCCUCAAGAAGAAAGUACACGCUGAUGGAAACCGAGAACCAAGAUGGAGGCCUUCGGUGGCCUUUCCUGCUGACACUGUGGGUCACACCACGGGGAUACUCCGUGUAGGAAGUGUCAGGCUUUAGCUAUUGAAUGUGUAGAAUCUUCCAGAGAUCACACGUGAAUGUGAAUUCCACAGCCUGUCUGUUGUAGUUCAAUGACUGUGUUGUGACUCAGAAAGAGAGAGAAUGAGGGAGAGAGAACUUUAUAAAGCAGUAUUAGGCUACAUCUCUCCUUCCCUGACCUAUGACACUAUUACAACAGAAUGACUGUGUGUGACCUUGAAUUUCAGAUUUCCCACCUUGGCCCAUGGAUUGUUCAAAUUAACUGUUUCUAUGCCUCACUGUCUGGCUUAAUGUGCUCUGGACUAUUCAUGAAAAUAAAGGUUGGGGGAGAUUAAACCUGUAAUCAUAUUGUGGCCCACUUCCCCAUAACUUACCUUUAUUG